GUUUGUCUGUGUGAAGUAUGGGUGCACCCAUGGUAGACCCGUGACACUCUAACAUUAUUCUCCUCAUAAAUUCUAACCCUUUUCUGCAGAAUUCCAUAAUUUCUGCAGUUUUUAUUUGUGCCGCCGCAGUUACCACCACUAGCGGCCUCACUCACAGUUUUUCGCUCUAAACGCUUGCGAGAUGACUGAGGAGAAUAGCACGAAAGCUCCCAAAUUGCCAAUUCCAGGCAAAAGAAAUAUCCUCAUAACCAGUGCGCUGCCUUACGUCAAUAACGUUCCUCAUCUCGGAAACAUCAUCGGCUGCGUGUUGAGUGCGGAUGUGUUUGCUCGGUAUUGUAGACUCAGAGGCUACAAUGCCAUAUACAUAUGUGGCACGGAUGAAUACGGGACAGCCACAGAGACAAAGGCUUUGGAGGAGAAUUCCACACCUCAAGAAAUAUGCGACAAAUAUCACACAAUCCAUAAGGAAGUCUACAAAUGGUUUGACAUAAGUUUUGACAAGUUCGGGCGAACAUCCACUCCUGAACAAACUAAGGUUUGUCAGACCAUUUUCAAGAAACUAUUGGAGAAAAACUGGCUUAGCGAGAAUACAAUGCAGCAGCUCUACUGUGAUACAUGUAAAAGGUUUUUAGCUGACCGUCUUGUAGAGGGAACAUGUCCAACACCUGAUUGUAACUAUAAUUCUGCACGUGGGGAUCAAUGUGAAAAGUGUGGGAAGCUGUUAAAUCCUACAGAAUUAAAGGAGCCAAGAUGCAAGGUCUGCCAUACUGCCCCAUGCAUCCGUGAUACGGACCACUUGUUCCUGGAGCUCCCUCUGCUAAAUGAUAAACUAGAGAGCUAUGUAAAAAACAUGUCACUCGCUGGUGGGUGGAGUCAAAAUGCUAUUCAAACAACACAUGCAUGGCUUAGAGAAGGAUUGAAGCCAAGGUGUAUCACUAGAGAUUUGAAAUGGGGGGUUCCAGUUCCACUAGAGAAGUACAAAGACAAGGUUUUCUAUGUAUGGUUUGAUGCACCAAUUGGCUAUGUAUCAAUCACUUCAUGCUACACCGCUGAAUGGGAGAAAUGGUGGAAGAAUCCUGAAAAUGUGGAGUUGUAUCAAUUUAUGGGCAAGGACAAUGUGCCUUUUCAUACUGUUAUUUUCCCGUCUACACUUCUUGGAACCGGUGAAAACUGGACUUUUAUGAAAACUAUCAGUGUCACAGAAUAUUUGAACUAUGAAGCAGGGAAGUUCUCAAAAAGUAAAGGAGUAGGAGUCUUUGGAAAUGAUGUAAAGGAUACAACUAUUCCUGUUGAAGUAUGGAGAUACUACUUGCUAGCGAACCGGCCAGAGGUAUCAGACACAUUAUUUACGUGGACAGACCUGCAGGCGAAGUUAAACAGCGAAUUACUAAGCAACCUUGGGAACUUCAUCAAUCGUGUUUUGAGUUUUAUUGCAAAAGAUUCUGCUUCUGGAUAUGGUUCCAUAAUUCCUGAUUCUGAAGGUGCUGAAUCUCAUCCCUUGAGUAAUACUUUGGGAGUGAAGGCUGGAAACUACGUGGAACAAUAUAUUGAGGCCAUGGAAAAGGUAAAACUGAAGCAAGGCUUGAAGAUUGCCAUGUCUCUUUCUGGUGAAGGAAAUGCUUACCUGCAAGAGAGUCAAUUUUGGAAGCUUUACAAGGAAGAUAGGCCUUCAUGCUCCAUAGUUAUGAGAACUGCUGCUGGUUUAGUGUAUCUCCUUGCUUGCCUUUUAGAGCCAUUUAUGCCUUCAUUUUCACGUGAGGUGUUCAAGCAAUUAAACUUGCCCGAGAGUCUGCUUUCACUUAGUGCUGAAAAUGAUGUCAUUGAAAGGGCCAAAAGACCCUGGGAUAUUUUACCCGCUGGUCACAGAAUUGGAACCCCUACACCGUUAUUCAAAGAGAUGAAAGAUGAAGAUGUUGAAUUUUACCGAGAGAAGUUUGCGGGAAGUCAAGCUGAGAGGAGCUUAAAGUCUGAAGCUGAAGCAAAGAUGAUUACCAAAAGAUUGAAUAAGGCCAAAAUUUCGGAUGAAAGACCAAAGAAGGCCAUGUCACCUGCCUCUGGUGAAGCAGAAGUAUCCAUUAGCAGACUUGAUAUCCGUGUUGGUCUUAUCAAGAAAGCCCAAAAGCAUCCUAAUGCUGAUACUUUAUAUGUCGAAGAGAUUGAUGUUGGUGAAGCGCAACCAAGGACUGUUGUUAGUGGCCUGGUCAAUUGCAUUCCACUUGAAGAGAUGCAGAACCGCAAGGUCUGUGUUCUAUGCAACCUGAAGCCUGCAACCAUGAGAGGUAUUAAAUCUCAAGCGAUGCUUCUUACUGCCUCAGGCCAUGAUGACACAAAGGUUGAGUUGGUUGAACCACCUGAAGGUGCUGCUGUUGGGGAACGUGUUACGUUUCUGGGGUUCCAAGGAAAGCCGGACGACAUGUUGAACCCCAAGAAGAAGGUAUGGGAAACCCUUCAAGUGGAUCUCCACACUAACAGCGACUUUGUAGCCUGCUACAAGGAUAUCCCAUUCGCCACAUCUGCUGGGGUCUGCAAGGUUUCUUCCAUCUCCAAUGGAUCUAUAAGAUGAAGGUUGGCAUUACACAUAUUUGCAAUUGUUCUCACACAAAGAGGCAAAACAAGAAUCUAAAGACCCACAUUUUUGCAAUUCUCUCCUGGUUUCAUUGUUUGCAAAAUAGACUUUUAUUGCAAAGCAUUUGAGAACAUUAUGUGUUUGGACAAAUGCACAUUUUAAAUGCCUCAUUUUGUUUUGUGAUCUAGUCCUGAUUGAUUCGGAUACCAUUCAGGUCCGGUUGUGAUUGAGAUCAAAUGGUUUCAAAUUUAAUUUGGGUGUUCUUUGAAUUUGAUUAGGUUCUUUUUUAUUUGGAUAAUCUCAUAUCUUGAUUAUAAUUUUUUUUUGUGGAUAAUUUCAUUAUUGGUUUGGAUUAUUUGGUUCCGGUAAUCAAUUUUGGAUUUACUU